UCAACUUUGGUCAAAACCAGCUCAUCGACCGCCUGGUCCCGGUUCCUGGUCUCUGGUCCCUGGUUCUCCAGCAGCAGCUCUCCGUUGUCAGGCUCGCGGGGUUCAGUAUGGAGCUGGGCCGGGUAUUUCUGUGCCUCCUGUCCGUUUUCGUUACUUUAGUGUCGGAGAGGUUUGUGGUGCUGGCGUCCUUCUCUCAGUCCCUGGACAGCGACUUCACAUUCACUCUACCUGCCGGCCGAAAGGAGUGCUUCUACCAGACCAUGAAGAAGGACGCUUCUCUGGAGAUAGAAUAUCAGGUAUUAGAUGGUGCAGGCCUUGAUGUAGAUUUCUUCAUCUCCUCUCCCUCUGGGGAGCUGCUGUUCAGUGACCACCGAAAGUCUGACGGUGUCCACACUUUAGAAACUGAGGAUGGAGACUACAUGUUCUGCUUCGAUAACACCUUCAGUACCGUCUCGGAAAAGCUAAUCUUCUUUGAGUUGAUUCUGGACAACAUGGAUACAGAUGAAGACCCUGAUGACUGGAAGGAGUACGUCCAUGGGACAGAUAUUUUGGACAUGAAGUUGGAAGACAUAAUGGACACCAUCAACAAUGUAAAAGCUCGGCUGGUCAAGAGCGUGCAAAUCCAGACAGUGCUGCGAGCAUUUGAGGCUCGCGAUCGAAACCUCCAGGAGAGUAAUUUUGACAGGGUGAACCUUUGGUCAGUGAUCAAUCUUGUUGUCAUGGUUAUGGUAUCUUCCGUUCAAGUCUAUCUGCUUCGCUCCCUAUUUGAUGAUAAAAGGAAAAUUCGCACAUAACAUCAUUUCAAGUGGAGAAAGAAGAGGAGAAACUAUCAUGUGCACAGAAUGGAUUUUCCAAGUGAUCCCCCUUUUUUAAAGAAUUUCAACAGAAAAUGUCAUCUCUACACGUGUGUGUGUUGCAGAGAUUACAUUUAGCAAACAGACAUUUAUUAAGAACUACUUCACCACAGGUUUGGCUGUACCCUUCUGUACACUGGAAGCUUGAGGGACAAUGGAAAUGCCUAGUUUAGAACAAGAACUGGUGACCAUCAACCCCUCUACUCACAACUCCUUUUUUUUUUUUUUUUUACAGGGAAAGCAUUUCUUUCUCUCUUUCAAACUUGUACAUUGUUUCAUCGUCAUCCUUCGAUGUUGUAGGUCUUUACAUAAAAAGCCACCACAUGCAGGUUUAGGAGGCAAAUAUUUUUCUAGCAAAGCUUGAAAUCAACAGACCUGUGGCCAACGCAGAAUUUUCCUUUUUUUUUAUAUCUUAUAAUAUGUUUGAGUACUACCCUAAAUCCCUUGCUUAUGAUUAACUAAUGGAAAACAUGUUUUUUAAUGGAGUCCAGAAAAUGUGUAUUUUCCAGAUAGGUGUGGUAGUCUAUCAGCAUGCCAUCUGCCUGUAAUUUAAAAACAUUUUGGAUUUUGUUCUUGGCUUUGUCCGUCUGUCAGUUCCUCUGUAUUUACCUUAUUGCCACAAAGUUGUUCAAAUUUAGUCACAUUUCGCUUCCACAUGCCAAUGCUGAAGUUUUUGGUGUCCAGGUGGGACUGUGCUGCUAAUGCUGCUCUUUGGAACCCAAGAGCUAAUGGAGUAAAGGUAAAGGUCUGGUUCUUAUAGUGACUACUCCUUGACUGUCUUCUGCUAUGAUUUGUGGACUUGUGAUGGACGCGGCUGCCAACGCUGCCACACUCCUGUUCCUGUCUCAUGGCUGCUGGUGGGUGUCUGGUUACAGCGCCUACUUUGUGAAGAUCAUAGACUGUAUAUAAAGAGUUUAUGGAGAAGAUGUUGAGCCUGCCUGUCUCUAGUGACAGAAGUCUAUUUCUAGCUUUACUGACACCUGGAAGGUCAUUACCACUACCACUUUGCACUGCUCAGUUGAAUAUGCACAAGCCAUCCGAUGCCUUGGCAGCGUCUGCAUUUUUGUAAAUCUAGAAAUCUUUUUUUUUUUUUUUUUUUUUGUAUUUAAUCUGAUAUUCAUAUUUUUUAAGACAACAUUACAAACUAACAUGUGAUCAUCGCACUGCCUCUGAUGCCACAGUACAACCCAUUUUCUUGAAGUAUUAACAAAACCAGACUUUUUUGAUUGAAGGCUUUUUUUGUGUGGGGGAGUCAUUGCUUUUUCAGACAUGUGGGUGAAGGAGCCACACAUUCUGUUAAAAUCAUCUUUCGUUUCUGGUUAUUGUUUUUUUUUUUUUUUUUUUUUUUUGCAUUUCUUUAGUUGAAACCUGGCUGCUCGGGUCCAGCACUGGAAGGCCAUGUGCAUCAUGUAAAUUUACCCCAUGCUGUAAAAUAGAAACCAUGAGUUGAAGCCUUUAUCAUUCACAAAGCCUUUUGUUGCGAGUACUUGUCAUCAAACUUUACGGUGUUAUUCUUUGGAAUUUUAUCGUUUUUGCCGUACAGUAUUCACUUAUGUCACUGUUUUGUGUUUCUUACGAUUGGGAGAAAGAACAAUAAUCUGCUCCAACACAGUAGCACUGAGGGCUACUCCUCACCAAUCUGUUCAGCUGGUGUCUUGGGGCCGUUAGCAUUGGAAUAUUUUAUGCUGAUCUUCUGAAAGUCUUAAAAAAAAAUAAUGAAUUAAUUAAAAAAAAAUAAACAUCCUAUUUUGUAAAAUGGCUAAAAUUCUGAAAAGAUUUUUUUUAAAACAAUUUUAAAGUAUUUCUGUGUUACUGAAAUUAUUUAUGUUUGUGACUCAACAGCCACAGUGCGAAAUAUUUUUACAGUCAUGUUGGAGCAGGGAGGUGGGAGGGAACAUGGUGUGAUAUUUAUUCUCCAAAUGUCCUGUAGUUCUAAAUGUGUAUAAAUAAA